AGAAAAGAACAACAACAACAAAAAUGUCCACCUUUUUCUCUCUCCUCUCAAAUUCUGGAAUCCUUCACUUUCUCUCUCAUCCAACUUCUUAAAAUCGGAAGCUUUUUCUUCUUUCAUCGCGAUUUCAACCCUUAAGUAAGAAGUGAAAUUGAGGAGGAAAUUUGUUGUUUUGGGGACUUAAAAGAGGGUUUGUUUAUUGUAAAAUAAAAGAAAUGGGGUGCCAAGGGUUUUGGGGAUGUCUGCUAAAACUACUAAAUUUCUUGAUGACUCUUGCUGGGUUGGCAAUGGUGGGUUAUGGGAUUUACUUGUUUGUCAUGUACAAACAAGCGUCGCCGGAUACUGGUCUUCCUCCAAUUAGUCCUGAGGAGACGAUGAUUCAGCUCGGUCGUCCUUUGAUUAUGUCCGUAUCGUUGUCCAACAGCGUUUUCGAUAAUCUUCCUAAAGCUUGGUUCAUAUAUAUGUUUAUUGGUAUCGGAGCUGUUCUUUUUGUCAUAUCAUGUUUUGGUUGCAUAGGAGCUUCAACAAAAAAUGGAUGCUGUCUAUCAACUUAUGCUGUAUUCAUAAUUUUGUUGAUCUUGUUGGAGCUUGGAUGUGCCGCCUUUGUAUUCUUUGACAAAAACUGGAACGAUGAAAUCCCCACUGACAAAACUGGAAACUUUGAUAUGAUUAAUGAUUUUCUAGAGGAGCACUGGUCCAUUGCCAAGUGGGUUCUUCUUGGAAUUGUUGUUUUGGAGGCAGCGUUGUUCUUGUUGACCGUCAUUGUUAGAUCGAUGAACAGGCCUGCUGAUUAUGACAGUGAUGAGGAGUUCAUUAACCAAAGGCAGUCUGCUAAGCAGCCUCUUAUCAACAGACCACCUCCUGCAACAGGUGUACCUGUUGCUGGUGCCAUUGAUCAGAGACCCAGCAGGAAUGAUGCUUGGAGUGCACGUAUGAGGGAAAAGUAUGGGCUUGAUACUUCAGAAUUUACUUACAACCCGACCGAGUCAGGCCGAUACCAGCAGCCAGCGGCACAGCCGACAGUGGAAGGGAACCGCUGCACUAUCAUGUAAAGAAACUGAAGCAUUGUUCUCUCUGUUGCUAAACAAGUUGGGCAGAUUACAGAAAUCGAGAUCUGUCAAGAAUGGUGUGAAAAGCUCCGAUUUAUAUCAGGAAAAAGUCAUCUUGACAAGUUUGGUGUGUAAAAUUUACAUUUUCAGGUGUUUUUUUUUAUUCCAUCUGAUUUACCUAGACCCAGCUAAAAAAAAGAUUCUUUUGAGUAAAGUCCAUGUCGUGUGUAACUUGCACAUAGUUGCAUAUUUUCCAUGUUUGAGUCACAAAUCAGCUUCGAAAGCUUUAUGGUCUCCACUAAUUAUGAAAGUGCGGUUAGAUUUUUUGCAAAUUUUGUUUAUUUGAUAGCUUUCAGAGUUUAUGGAUUCUCGCUAUAAGCAAAACUUAAUAGAUUCACUUGUAUUCUUAGUGAA